UUUGACGACAACCCCGUAGACUGCAACUUCUUGACUCUUAUUUCAUCUUCUUAUAUAACACAUUCCCCCAUUCACCCUUCACCAUCUUCACAUACACACGCACACACAUAACCAUGCACAGAUGCUCAUGUGGUCUCUUCCACAAUCAUCAACCCAACUCAUGUGCCAUUUUCUUCACCAUGCCUUACGAUCAAAACAUUUGUCCCUACGCCUCAUCGUCCCCUUCUUCGGUUGAUUGUACACUUUCUUUAGCUACGCCUUCAACUCGUCUAGCCUCCGAAGACUUCGACUCACCGGAAUCACGACCUUCCUCCCGUUUCUGCUGGGACUUUUUACAGUCCGAUAACCACUCAUCUGUUCCCCCUUCUUAUAAACCUAACCGCGGAAGCGCAACGAACGUCGCCACCGUUGACUCGCUUCUUGCUCGGAGGUGUGCUAACUGCGAUACCACUUCUACUCCACUUUGGAGAAACGGUCCUCGUGGUCCCAAGUCGCUGUGCAAUGCGUGUGGGAUAAGAUUCAAGAAGGAAGAGAGGAGAGCGAACGCCACAGCGACGGCGACGGCGGUUGGUGGUGGAGAUGCGACGGAGGAGUAUAACGGGAACACGUGGAUGCACCACAUACAAGGGUCGACGCAUAAACUGCCGUCAUACUACUCACCGGCGGGUGUAGGGAACGAGUUUAGGUUUAUAGAUGACGUGGACGACAGAGAUUCUACGUUCCUGUCGUGGCGUCUCAAUGUGACUGACAGAGUAGGGUUUGUGCAUGAUUUUACCCGCUAUUAAAAUCCACGUCGAGAUCCACAACAGUGACGUGGAAAAUAUUAUUUUUUUGGAUGAUUAUGUCAUUUUGCUUUUGUCAGUCAAAUAUAUAAACAUAUGAACUCCUUUUUCUUUAA